AUGUUUGACGUUAGAACAAGACUUGAGACACCAAUUAGCAUCAAAAGGUUAGCUUUGAGAAACCUACCAGCUUGUCUUAGCUCCAAUAAAAAUGUUUGGCUGUUGGAUAGGCUUGCGCGCUUCACAACCCUUGCGUUACAGUACAAAGCCAAUCAGACUAGUUAUGGAAAAAGGUGUAUGUUGAUUAUCGUACCUAUAAAAUAUGCACAAUGA